AUGGCUUCACAUCGCGAUAUAGAGAAUGGCUCAACGCUAGGCGAACGCGAGCCUCUGCUCGCUUCUCCACGAGACGCAGGAGGCGCAUCCGCGCCACCCGAGGAUGACACGGUGGCGGAACCUCAAUCGGAAGCUUCGAAACGAAGGGAGUAUGGAUGGAGAGGUUUCUGCAUAGUAGUGGCUAUCUUGGUUGUUGCAGUCUUCGUAAAGGGUUGGAUCGAAUCUGAUGAUGUCGACUUCGAUCUCAAGGGAGCCUUGAAACGAGCUUUGGGAGGGGGCUUGAGUGGUGCAGCUGCCAUGGUGUUGCAGGUCUUGCUAUUGAUGCCUAUCCGGACCAUCAUGAACUAUCAGUACCGCCACGGUACAUCAUUGACUACUGCAACGAAAACGCUCUACCAAGACGGCGGAUACGGCAGGUACUACGCGGGUAUGGGAGCAGCACUGUUUCAAGGUCCCAUCGCACGAUUUGGAGACACAGCAGCCAACGCCGGUAUACUGGCGCUCUUGCAAUCGAAUGGAUACUUGGCCGGCCUACCAUCACCCAUCAAGACUAUAUUUGCGUCUUUGUGUGCCGCUGGCUUCAGAAUGAUUCUUACACCGAUCGAUACCCUGAAGACUACCCUUCAAGCCGAAGGGUCCCGUGGAACAACCCUGCUUCGUCAGCGCAUCAAGGCCAAUGGCAUUGGAAGCCUCUGGUGGGGCGCGUUUGCGACAGCUGCUGCAACAUUUGUUGGUCAUUAUCCUUGGUUUGCUACAUACAACUUCCUUUCUGAUACCAUUACGGAGCCACCAAGGAGCAACAUCGUCCCGUGGCUUCUGAGGGCCGCGUUCAUCGGCUUCUGUGCUUCGAUCGUGUCAGACACAAUUUCGAACUCUUUGCGCGUAGUCAAGACGUAUCGACAGGUGCACGAAGCGCAAGUGUCAUACACUGAAGCUGCGAGGCGCAUCAUCCGUCAGGACGGAAGACGAGGCCUUUUUGGGCGUGGACUGAAGACGAGGAUCAUCGCCAAUGGCCUGCAAGGCAUUCUUUUCUCCAUUUUGUGGAAAUUGUUCCUCAAGAUCUGGGAAGAUAAGACAGGUGACAGCAAACACGCGCAUUAA